GCAGCCUCUGUCAAUCGAUUAGAUUUGUAGUAGAUUUGGUGAAGUGCGCAUACGCAUACCUGCUAGAAAUAGUAGACGCAAGGAAUAUGCGGCAGAAAACGAAGAUUGCUGUCCAAUUGGCAUUCAACAAUGCGUGGAAGCAAAAGGCGAAGCCCAAUAUUGAUGGAUGUUGGUGGACUGACGUUGCAGGAAAAAAGUUCCCCGUCCCGGUCCCGGCCCGAACUGGCGAUCGCCUGAUUCCGGGAACAUGAAAGACAACAGAAAAUCAAUAUUGACCCCAAAACCUCUUUGCUUGACAACGUCCCCCUUCCAGCAUCCCACCUUGUCCUCGCCCCGCAUUGUUCUAUUUCCUUUUGACAAGCUGGUGAUACCGCUCUCGGAAGAUGCUUAAGAUCUUCCGGCGGCGGCCAUGGACCUGUCGACGAUGCGUGUUACAGCAGCAUCGCGUACAUCCCAACCGCCGCAUCCACAACAAUGCCGCCUCAGGUAUCAUAAAAGACGUGCAGGAUUAUACCGUUGCUGGCAACGAAGCCGCGAAGCGCCACGAUGAUAAUACCCUACGUAUGAUAUUUGAUUCGCAGCCGUUCUGGCGGGAAUUCUCGCGUCGGAAGGGCGGCUCUUCGUCAGGGCUGUUGCAAAAUCAAUACCUCAAAUCCCCGGAAGGUUUCUUGAAGUUUGCCUCCGUUUCGCUGCAGAAAUGCCAGGAAAUUAUGGCCAAGGUACUUGAGGUAUCAACCCUUGAUGGACAUAAGAGGGUGGCAAGGGAUCUUGACCGCCUCAGCGACUUACUUUGUCGGGUGAUAGAUAUGGCCGAUUUUAUGCGGUCAAACCACCCGGAUCCCGCCAUUCAAGAUGCCGCGACACAGGCAUACUCAAUCAUAUUCGAAUAUAUGAACGUUCUGAAUACCGAAACUCGUCUUAAUGAUAUACUCAACCGGGCUUUGUCGGACCCUGAAAUAUCCUCCCAGUGGAGCCAAGAGGAGAAGGUCACGGCCGAGAUGCUAAUUAGGGAUUUUACGAAAUCUGGUAUCCAUCUACCCCCGGAGAAGAAAAAACGGUUCGUCGAGCUAUGUAAUAGUAUCAGUGAUGCGGGCUUUAGGUUUGUGCACGGCAUGGAACCCAAAGUUGGCAGGUUAUCUUUCGACAAAAAUAACCUACGAGGGAUGGAUCCUACACUCUUGGAGAAGUUGCGUAGGUGGUCAAACGUCCAAAUCCCAAUCGAUGGCAUGGCGCCGAAUAUAGCUUUAAAAUCUGUUCACGACGAGAAUACUAGAAAGCAGAUCUAUCUUACAUCUCGGAAGAGCUCGAACGCGCAAAUCCACCGUUUGACGCGGCUGCUAGAAUUGAGAGCUGAGUUAGCUCAAUUGACUGGUUACCCAAGCUACGCUCACAUGGCGAUGAGUGACAAAAUGGCCAAAAGCCCAGAGGCUGUUAAGAAAUUUCUCUUGGCCUUGAAUUCUAAAAAUCGCGAGCUCACCCAGAAAGAGAUUGGGAAAUUGGAUGCGAUAAAAAUGGAGGAUUAUACAGCGUUAAAAGGGGACAAGCCCCCAUUUUCUCCCUGGGACCAUUCCUACUACGUUGAGAAAUAUGCUGCGAGGCAUGACGUCUCCAGGAAAUCGCGCGCGAUCAGCCUAUUCGCCACAUUCUUUUCAUUGGGAACUGUUAUGCAGGGGCUCUCUCGGCUUUUUGCCAGACUCUAUGGCGUCCGUCUCGUUCCAAAGGAAACGUCUCCUGGAGAGACUUGGAACCCAGAUGUUCGACGCUUAGAUGUCCUAGACGAAUCCAAUAACCAUCUUGCAGUCAUUUAUUGUGAUCUUUUUUCAAGACCGGGCAAGAGCCCGAACCCAACCCACUUCACUCUCCGGUGCUCUCGCGCGAUAUCUGCCGAAGAGAUUUCAGAAGCGGCAAUGUCGGCUGAUAUACAUCCCAACGAUGGCAUGGCCACGGCUAUACGACCAGGAACAAAUACUCUCUAUCAGCUCCCAACAAUCGCACUAAUUUGCGACUUCUCGAACCCCUCCCCCAGCGGCUCUGAGCCUUCGCUCCUCUCGAAACACAGCGUCCAAACCCUGUUUCAUGAAAUGGGUCACGCCAUCCACUCUGUGCUGGCCCGUACUGAUUUCCAAACCAUCUCCGGCACUCGCUGCGCAACGGAUUUCGUCGAACUCCCAUCCGUCAUUAUGGAAAGCUUCGCCAUGGCCCCGGAAGUGCUCUCGCUCUAUGCCCGCCAUUGGGAGACCAACAAGCCCCUUCCUGAAGACAUGAUCCAAACCAUGCGCCUAAAUCACGAGAAUUAUGAGAGUAUACAAGGUGCCAUGGACAACGAAGCGCAGAUAAUGAUGGCCCUACUAGACCAAGCUUAUCACGACGCCAGCCCGCUCCAGCCAGGUUUCGAUACCACUCAAAUCUUCCACGCCCUUUACUCACAACAUGCCACAAUCUUCGACCCCGUCGACUCCCAGACAACUUGGCAAGGUUACUUUGGCCACCUUUUCCACUACGGCGCCAGCUACUACAGUUAUCUUUUUGACCGUGCCAUCGCCAGCAAGCUGUGGUCUGAAACCUUCCAAGAAGGAAAGCUGGCGACCGACCGAGAGGCAGGAGAAAAAUUCAAAAACGAGGUUUUGCGAUGGGGUGGAGGAAGGGAUGGGUGGCGAUGUGUCGCUGGUGUUCUCGGUGAUCAACACCCAGCGAACGUGAAUGGGAAACUGGCCGAGGGUGGUGAAGACGCCAUGCUUGAAGUUGGAUUGUGGGGCCUUGGACAGAGUCGUUCAGAUAUGUGAGCAGAUAUUUAAAUUUAGUUUCCGUGUUGGCUAUGCCAUAUAUAUAUACAUAUGCACAUAUAUUUUGCUUCCUUUGAUCCGAUAUCCUCACAGACCUUGGUACUACCCUCUCCUACCAUAUACACCGGGCAACUCCGCUGCCUCCUCCUCACCAGCCUAUUCGAACACGGACAGACGAGGACAGCCCGCCUAAUCAGCGAAACGGGGCAUUGUACCUCGUUCUCAUGGAAAACACGCUUUGUAUACUCGUAUACAAGAGCAAACCAACGCUGUGGCAUCGACUGAAGUUCGCCGCCCACCGAACACGUAUGCUCCUAUGGUGGUAGCGGGAUUACAUCACAGGUACUAUACAACGGGACCUCGUACCUGUGUUCCUCCUCACCGCGUAUCCAUCUAUCAUGUCUAAGGUCUAGGUCGUCCUAUAUUUUAGAUUCUAGAACAAGGGCCAGAAUAAGCGGUGUAAAUUUUUGGGUAUCAAUCAGUUGUAGAUUAAAAUGUACAAAAUUAGAAAUUAUUCACCAAUUCUAAGAGGCGCUCAAUAAACAGUGAAUGGGCCGUCUGCCGACAAUAAUUAUUUCCGUGCUUGGGGGCCAUUGACUCUCCGUAGGUACGAAGCAAGGAUAAGGGGAGGUAUGGGGCUUUCGUGGUCAGCUAGACUUGAAGGACAGUCAGUUUUUACACGAAGGUGCACUAGGGGCGAGACAUAUGCUACCGAAGCAGCACAACCUCCACAGAAAGGCCCUAGCAGAGACAUAGUUGAGGAAGAGAAUGGUGGUAAAUCCUCUUAGACACAAAUACUACAAGAAAUCCCUUACGAAGACAUGAUAAGCGCGCACUCUUUAAUGCGUUCGUUCCUCUUAUUCUCUGUCGUGAGCUACUACCCCUUACGAGUAUGGCGCAAAACUCCGUUAAAGUCAUCCACAGAGACUCCAGAUACUACCCCAGAUCUGGAUCAAGCACCGUAUUGCCAUUAAUACUGUUGACACAGGCUAUAUGAGCGCUGCAUCGGAGUUCCGGCAGGAGGACGGAUGUCCCAUUGGCUUUGAGGACGGCGCGGCCAGGGUUCUGUGGCCUAUUUAUUGCAGUUGGAAUAAAAGACGAAGCGAUAGUUUGGGGUAGAUUCC